GCAAGAUGGAGAAUGAUGAGGGUAAGACAAAUCCUAAUGGUGAGGCUAACGGUGUCCUACCUGCUACAUCAGAGACCCUGACACAGCCUCUCUUUCGUCCAUUAUCUGCGGCUAACAUAGAGGAACUGGAGACGAGUGAAUUAGAGUCACUCUGCCUCUCUUGUCAUGAAAACGGAGUGACUCGUUUGCUGCUGACCAAGAUACCAAUGUUCCGUGACAUCAUUGUGAUAUCGUUCCAUUGUCCUCACUGUGGCAACAGUAACAAUGAGAUACAGGAGAAUUCCCCAACCCAAACCGAUGGAGUUGAAUACACUGUAGCCAUUAAUGAACCAACUGAUUUGAAUCGUCUUGUUGUCAAAGCCAACCAUGCCUUGCUCAAGAUCCCAUCACUCGAGUUUGAGAUACCCCCAGGGACCCAGAAAGGUAGCAUCAAUACGCUGGAGGGCUUCAUUCAAAUGAGUAUCAGUGAACUGGAACAAGACCAACCAGCAAGGAAGGAGCAGUAUCCAGAAAUAGCUGCUAAAAUUGAUGACUUUAUUAAACGGUUGAGCUCUAUUCUUAAAGUGGAAACACCCUUUAAUAUUGUCAUUGAUGAUCCUAGUGGUAAUAGCUUUGUUGAAAGCAAAACAGGAGUAGGCAUUGAAGGAAGCACUGAUGACAAACUCUCAGUCAAGAGAUACAAGCGUUCCGAAGAGCAAGACAAGCAACUUGGGAUCAUUGAUACCUCCACCAAAGGAGAAUCUUCAGAUAACAUUCCAUCAGCUCACACUUUAGAAACUGGAGGAGUUGAAAGCAGUACGAGCAUUCGAGACGAAGUAAUGAGCUUUGGUACAGAGUGUCCUAACUGCCAGAUGCCAGCAGAGACCAAUAUGAAGCUAGUUGAUCCCUCCUCCCUACUAAUAGAUAUACCUCACUUUAAAGAGGUUGUCCUCAUGGCCCUUAACUGUGAUUACUGCGGACACAAGAGCAACGAGAUCAAGUCUGGAUCAGGUAUCAGUGAUAAGGGGAAGAAGAUUGAGCUCAGGAUCACCGAUCCGACUGAUCUAUCCCGUGACAUAUUAAAAUCUGAGACUGCUUCAAUGUAUAUACCGGAACUUGAAUUUGAGGUCAAGCCUGGGACUCUUGGAGGUCGUUUCUCAACGAUUGAAGGUAUUCUGACUAGCAUCAAGGAACAGUUGGCUGGUGCUAAUCCUUUUGUCACUGGGGAUGCGUCAAGCGGCAGUAAAAUGGCUGAGUUUAUCAAAAAACUUGAUGAGGUUAUUAAAGGUCAAAAAUUGAAUAUUCACAUUAUAUUAGAUGAUCCAGCUGGUAAUAGCUACUUACAGAACUUGUACGCUCCUGAUGAAGACCCAGAGAUGAAGAUCCUUGAGUAUGAUCGUACUUUCGAGCAAAAUGAUGAUUUGGGUCUCAACGACAUCAAAACGGAGGAUUACUAAUAAAAUUAUUACUGCAUUUAUAAAUUUUCAGUUUUUUGAUUUCAUAAUAUUUGUC